AUGAAUUUAAAUACAGGUUAUUUUGCUGCAUACUAUUGCCGACGUAAACAAGCAAAUGCAUAUUACCGUGUACCAUUAAAUACUCAACAACAGCCAAAAUCAUCGUUUGUAAAAUCUGAACGAUCGUCGAUUGAAGAUUUAAGUUUUAUUGACUCAUUUCUACCAACCAUACCUACGACUAAGGAUAGUAAUGAUGGUCAUCGACCAUAUCGUCGUAAUGAUUUUGCUAAUAAUCAUUUAUUUAUUGCUAAAAAUAAAUUAGCACGAGUUUUUCUUGAUCAACCAGCCAUAAAAACUCAAUCAAGCGAUGAUCUUACGCAUUUAUUUGACCGAUACGAACAAAAACAAAAGAAUCGUGACAAAAAUAAAUUUAAACAACAAGAAAGCCAUGCAGAUAAUCGAAAUGGACGCCUAUCGGUUUUAAAUCUUACUAUGAAGCCUCCAUUUCCAUUGGUACAAACUGCUGAUUCACAUCCAACUGUAUCACAUCACCGAGGAGACACUACUCAUGUUCGAACAAAAGCACCCGGAUCAUCAACUGCAUGGAUUAAUCCAGUUAUUACAGAAUAUCUUCAAGCAAGAUCCCGUCUUUUGAUCAGACACGAUCUUGAGCCAGAUGAGAUUAUUAAUGAAUUACUAAGUAGAAAAUCGCAUGAUACAUUAAGUCCUUUGGAUUCGUCACUAUCCUACGUUAAAUCAAUCAUAAACGUAGCAGCUAGUUCACGACAACGUCGAUCUUGA